AUGACCGAUAUUUCAAGAUAUCCAGAGGGACAGAGGAGGAGGAGAAGAAGAAGCAGCAGCUCAGGAAGCGGCCAUAACAAAGCUCUGCCUCCGGAAAAGAUCCGCGAAAGAGAAGAGGGAAGGAGAUGUCUUGGGUGUGACUAUUCUCACCGAGCCCGGCUGCUCCCUGCGUCUCAUAUUCACACGUGGCUAAGAGUUUGGUACGGGUGGAAAAGAAACAAGUUCACGUGGUACAACCAUCAUGAAGAUGAGUCAUUCGCCAAAGAAAGAUUGGACAAAGUUCUAGCUAACCCGAGAUGGAAAGUAAAUUACUCAAAGGUUUCAGUGGAAACACUUCCAGCUAUCUCUGACUACAGCUCAAUACUACUUUCUUAUAGUUUUGAGAGGUGUUCAAUAUCUAGAUACCAAUUUCCUUUUAAAUAUGAAGCCAAUUGGAGUAAGGAAGAGGGGUGUAGUGAGACAGUAGUGGCAGCUUGGCAUGGUAGUAGUGGAGGAGAAACUGGUUUGAUCAGGAUCUUAAAUAAGCUGGAUAGAACAAGGAAGCGGCUUCAGAAUUGGAGCAAAAAUAUGAGAAGGAAGAAGAACAACAUCAUAAAAAUAAGAGAUAGGGAAGGGAUAGGAUUGAGUAAAAAGGAAGAUAUAGCUGCAGGUUUCAAGGAUAAUUUCACAGCAAUUUACAAGUCGACACAUCCUAGUUCAGCUUGUAUUGAGCAAAGUAUUCAGGGACUAGAAUCAAGAGUAACAGGUGUUAUGAAACAAGGGUUGGACAGGGAAUUUACAGCAAGGGAAGUGGAGGUAGCCCUCAAACAGAUGUCUCCUUUCAAGUCUCCAGGCCCUGAUGGUUUCAGUGCAGGGUUUUUUCAAGAACAUUGGGAGGUAGUGGGUCCUGAGAUUUCAAAAGCAGUCUUGGACUUCUUCAAAUCAGGUAGCUUACCAAGGGACUUAAACCACACACAUCUGGCUUUAAUCCCAAAGUCCAGCUCACCUGUCUCAGUACAUGAUUUUAGGCCAAUUUCUCUUUACAAUGUGGUCUACAAGCUCAUCUCUAAGGUUUUAGCAAACAGAAUGAAAGGACUUAGUGCCUUGCUUCAUCAAGCUGAAAGUAGAGGACAGAUUAGGGGAGUGGCUGUAGCAAGGGGGACAAAGUUAGUGGAAUGGUACAUAAUCCAUGACAUACUGGUCCAAUACGAAAAAGCUUCAGGUCAGACUUUAAAUAAAGAAAAAACCAGUGUCUUUUUCAGUUCCAACACAAGAGGGGAAGCAAGGGACUUCAUCUUACAACAGGUUAAUGGCUUGAGGUGCAAUGACUAUAAUAAGUAUUUGGGCCUACCUACAGUGGUUGGAAGAUCAAGAUACAACUCUUUUAGAGGCCUUACGGAUAAGAUAUGGAAGAAAAUAAACAGCUGGAAUACAAGGUUCCUAUCAACAGCAGGCAAGGAAGUCUUGAUCAAAAGUGUACUUCAGGCAAUACUCGCAUAUGCCAUGAGUGUCUUUAAGCUACCAAAUCUGUUGCUAAAGGAGAUUGAAGCUUUAUUAGCCAAAUUCUGGUGGAAUAACAAACGAGAAGGGAGAGGCAUCCACUGGAAGACAUGGAAGUUUUUGGGUUCUAUUAAAAAUCAAGGGGGCUUAGGUUUUAGGGACCUCGGCUAUUUCAAUAAAGCACUUCUGGCUAAACAGUUGUAG